CCGAGCCGAGCGGAGCCGGGCGCGGCCGCGCAGAGGCCGCCGCCGCCCGCAGCGCGCAGGAAAAUGGCAGACGGUUUCUCUCUCUCCGACGCCUUGCCGGGCGGGAACUGCCCCAACCCCGGCGCCCCCCCGGGCCAGGGCUGGCCCCCCGGCCCCUUCCCGGGAUACCCGGGGCCGCCAGCAGCACCGGGGCCUUAUCCGGGGGCCCCAGGGCCGUAUCCUGGAGCGCCAGCGGGACCGGGACCGUAUGCCGGAGCGCCUGGAGCCUUCCCCGGAGUGCCAGCAGGCCCAGGGCCCUAUCCUGCGCCGGCGCAGCCGCCGAGCGGCCCUGGAUUUGGGCCCCCUCCGCCGCAAGGGGGACGGGCCGCACCGAUGAAAGUCCCCUUCGACCUGCCGCUGCAGGCGGGCCUGGCGCCGCGGCUGCUCAUAACCAUCACGGGCACGGUGAACCCGAAACCAAACAGGUUUUCCCUGGAUUUCAAGAGAGGGCACGACAUUGCCUUCCACUUCAACCCCCGCUUCAACGACGAUAACAGAAAAGUCAUCGUCUGUAAUUCAAUGUUCCAGAACAACUGGGGAAAGGAGGAGAGAACAGCACCUAGAUUUCCUUUUGAAGCUGGAAAACCCUUCAAGGUCCAGGUCCUUUGCGAGGUGGAUCAUUUCAAGGUAGCAGUCAAUGAUGCUCACUUGCUGCAGUACAACUACCGUGAGAAGAGACUGAACGAAAUCACCAGACUCUGCAUUGCUGGGGACGUCGCCCUCACCAGCGUUACGCCCACCAUGAUCUAGCUAAGGUGUUCUUAUUACUUUCAGCACAAACUUACUGCUUUUUAGUAAGGCUGUAACAGAAGUGCCUUCUUGCAUGAAUACUUUUGCUACAUUGAAUUAAAAUAUACUUUGGAAGUAAAA